AUGCUUCGGUUGUUGGCUUUAAUUUUCGCGAUCUUAUUCUGUUAUUCCUAUUCGAAGGAAUGUUAUGUGACACCAUGCACAAGAGAUGUCAUAAUUAUGGUUGAUGGAUCGUUGUCAAUGAAAAAUACCGACUACAUCAAUCAAGAAAUUUCUUUUGUCAAUAAAUUAAUUGAUGGAUGGACAUUGGCAAAUGACAAAGUUCGAGUUGCUGUCGUUGGUGCUUAUUUUGCCAACGAAUUUCAAAGUUCGCCGUAUCUUACGACAAGAAAGGAUGCUUUGAACCGACUCGAACGAUAUCGUGUCUCGGCAACCCAGUACGGUUUGUACGAUGGAACGUUCAGCACAUGCGUUAGUUUCCUUGAGAGUGUUUAUAUGGGACAAAAAGCACUUUAUGGUCCAAGAGAGAAUAUUCAAAAACGAAUUAUCAUUUUCACGGCUCAUAAUGAUCCUGUGGAUGUAGCAUCGACAAAGGAUUCGUUGCAAAGAUUUGCCGAUAAUGGUUUUGCUGUCACAAUUGUCGGAAUCGGUUCACUUCAACCUGUAUAUUCAUUAACCAAAUAUCACAGGUUUGUCAAUCUUUCGCUUGCCAAUAUGGCUAGUGGAAAUCAAGCAAUAAUCAAUGAUAUUAUCGACAAUGGUGUUUGCUUCCUAUCACCUGGCUUCACUACACCAAAACCAGAAAUUUGCACAACGAGCACAACCCAAAAGCCAACGACGACGACAUCCGCCAAACGGGAUGGAACAACAAGGAAACCGGUUCGACCAACACAUCCGCCACAAAUUGUGGGGGAUUAUCAGAAUUGUAGCUGUCAUUUGGACACAUUAUAUCUUGACAUUGUUUUUGUUGUCGAUAAUUCAAAAGCUAUGACUGAUAUGGGACUCGUCUUGGUGAAAGCGGAAAUUGCAACAAUUGUUGGUCAAAUGAAUAUUGAUCCGAGUACGAAACAACACUCCGAAAUUGGACUAAUCACAUAUAAUGCAGAAGCUGAAAUUGUUUUUGAGCCGACUCACUUCACAGAUGUCGACGAUUUCAAUGAAGCUCUUUACGAAGAUCCAAGAUUAGAGCAUGUUUCGAAUAAUGUUGAAGUCAAUCUCGUAGUCGGCUUGGAGAAGGCAGCAGACAUGCUCGGAAAUAUGCGACGAGGUGUUCAUAAAGCCGUUAUAAUUUAUGCCUCCGCUUACAAAGAUGAUGGCGACGCGACUCAUAUUGCUGAUCAAAUUAAAGAGUCUGGAUACGACAUUAUCACUAUCGCCUAUGUUGAGCCGGAUGAGUCGAUUUUAGUCGAGAAAAUUGGCGAAUUGGCAUCGCCGAGAAUGAAUUUAACAUCUUAUCGCGACGAUUUGCUGGUCGAUGAAAUUGAGGAUGCUCUAUGUCAGGUAAAUUGUUAUUGUCCGAAUCAAUGGACACAGCUGAUAAUCGACGGUCGCCGAUUCAGUGAAUGCUUUUUCGAAGUACAAAUUGACGCUAAUUGGAUUUCCAGCAGAUAUGCCUGUGAAGCUCUAUCGAAAUUGAAUCAUACUGGCGGAGGACAUGUAGUUUAUGUGAACAGUGAAUUGAAACAACAAUACCUCAACGAUUAUUUCAUGAAGCAUUGGAAUGAGGAAACUCAAGAAAAUCCAAAUUAUGAUAUUGGAUAUUAUUAUGACGAAAAUCUAAAGAAAUUCGUUUGGCUCAAUGGAGUAAUAGAUAGUUCCUACACAAAUUGGGACAAUGGCCAUCCAAAUUUGAGUCUUGGAAAAUGCAGCUACGCCGAUCAAGUGGACAAAGUCAAUAACAUAUUCAAAUGGAAGAGUAGUGACUGUAUCAAGGAAGAGGGCCGCGCAAUUUGUCAAGAAACUGCUUGUGACACCGACUAUUACUGCACUCCCGUUUAA